CAAGUGGAGCACACGAUCCAAAGACGAAACCGCGAACGCGACGGCGCUUGAAACGCCAAACGCAUUAAACGCCAAGCCGAACGUCUCUGCGCGCAUGCUCAUCCGCUUGUUGUCGCUCUUGUUGUUGUUGUUGUUGUUGUAGUUGUACUGCGCCAGCGCGCAGUUUAAUUAUUACUCUGUGCCCCCCGCCUGGCAGUUCGCGGCUAGCAGCAGCAGUUGCAGCCCCUUUCUUGAGCCACUGCCCCCACCCCCCGCGUGCUCAGUUGCCGAUAAGCGGCGCAAAGUUUACUUGUUUGUCUGCAUUUUUCCAACGCUACUGUCAGCGAAAAAGCAGCAACAGCAACAACAGCAGCAACAAAAAUGGCAAGUUGGCUACAACUGCCAGUUGUUGGCAGCGUGGAGCGACAGCUGAAAAGCCUGUUGUUGUUAUACAUCUGCUGGUUGUGCUGCCUGGCCCGAGAUUGCGAGGCCUGGCGGCCAUGUCCGGAGCUCAGUCCCGCCUUGCGAUUGCCAUGCAGAUGUAAUGUGGUGCCGUUUGCGGCAACUGGCCAGCUGGGUGCAGUGGCCAUGGACUGCGACCGUGUUGUUUUCCCCGGCGACGCACCGCUGCCGUUCGGUGCGCCCAUCGUGGCGUAUACGCAACGCUACAGCGGCCAACAAACGCUGCCCGCACAGGCCUUGGGUCAGCUCAAGCUGCCCAUUGAGGAAUUGGAUCUGUCCAACAAUCUUAUCAGACGCAUACCGGAGAAAGCUUUUGUAGGCCUCAAGGACACUCUGAAUGAGCUGCGCUUGGCCAACAAUCUGCUGGGCGACAAUCUCAAUCCCAUAUUCUCCACAGCCGAGCUGCAUGCGCUGCAGAAUCUGCGUCUGUUGGACUUGUCCGGCAACAAAAUCAAGUUGAUUGAGGAGGGCGUGCUCAAGGGCUGCAUGGAUCUGAAGGAGCUGUACAUAGAUCGCAACAGCUUGACAGCCGUGCCUGUUAAUUCACUCAACGGCCCCAAUGGCUUGCGUCAUUUAUCAUUGCGUCAAAAUCAUAUAGCCACGCUUCUGAGGGAUUCCUUCAGCUCGCAGUCACAGCUGGAGAUCAUAGAUCUGCGCUAUAACAUGCUGCGCAGCAUUGAUAGUCUGGCAUUCCAUGGCUUGCAAAAGAUUCGCGAAAUCAAGCUGGCUGGCAAUCGCAUCAGCAACCUGAACAGCGACGUCUUCGAGCGACUGCCCACAUUGCAGAAACUGGACUUGUCUGAGAAUUUCUUUAAUCAAUUUCCAACUGUUGCGUUAGCAGCAACGACAGCGCUCAAGGCACUCAAUAUGUCCUCCAAUAUGCUGCAGCAAUUGGAUUAUACACACAUGCAAGUGUUGAAAUCGCUUGAGAGCUUGGACUUGAGUCGCAACAGCAUUACGAGCAUACCCCCAGGCACAUUUCGCGAUCAGCAUGCGCUCAAGUACUUGGAUCUAAGUCUGAACUCGUUGCGCACGAUAGAGGACGACGCCCUGGAGGGUCUGCAGAGUCUGCAAACGCUGAUUAUAAAGGACAACAAUAUAUUGCUGAUACCUGGCAGUGCCUUGGGCCGACUGCCGCAGCUGACGCUGCUGCAAAUGGACUUUAAUCGCGUAGCAGCGCUCUCGGCCGACAUACUGGGCUCGCUGCAGGCGGGCGAUAUAGGCACGCUGUCGCUCUCACGCAAUGUCAUACGUGAGCUGCCGCCAGGCAGCUUUCAAAUGUUUAGCAGCCUGCAUUCGCUGGAUCUGGCGGGCAACAGCCUGGCGCAAGUGAAUGCAGAUACGUUCGCGGGAUUGGAGAACACGCUAAUGCAGCUGAAGCUGUCACAGAAUCGAUUGACAGGCUUGGGUAAUGCGCCUUGGGCGCUGCCUGAAUUGCGUGGCCUGGACUUGAGCAGCAAUAAUUUGGGGGAACUGUCAAUGAACCUAUUUGCAGAGUUGGAGAAUUUGCAGUCGCUGAACCUAAGUGGCAAUCACUUGGCGCCAUUGUCGCCUGCGCUGUUCAAGCCGCUGGCACGCUUGCAGCAGCUCGAUCUGAGCCACUGCAGCAUACGUCAGCUAAGUGGAGAUCUGCUGGCGGCACAGCAGCAACUAAAGCAUAUAUCGCUGGCGGGCAAUCAGCUGCAGGAGCUGCAGGAUGCUAGUUUCCUAAAUCUGUUCAACAUAAGCUCCAUAGAUCUGUCGAAUAAUCGCAUUAGUUCCAUACGCGCAGGUGCUUUUGUCAAUGUGAUGCAGUUGAAGCGUUUGGAUCUGCAUGGCAAUCAGUUGUCUGCCUUCAAGGGCGAGUUCUUCAACACGGGCACAGGACUGGAAGAGCUGGACAUAUCACACAAUCAGCUAACCUAUCUGUUUCCCUCCUCGUUCCGCAUACACCCGCGUCUGCGCGAGAUUAAGGCAGCGCACAACAAGUUCUCCUACUUUCCAUCAGAGCUCAUUAGCUCGCUGCAGUACCUGGAGCUGGUGGAUUUGGCUUACAAUAAUCUCAAGACCGUUGAGGAACUGGACUUUGCGCGUUUACCGCGCUUGCGCUCCUUGAGUCUGGCGCACAAUGAGCUGGACAUGGUCAGCGAGAUGGCUUUUCAUAAUUCCACACAGCUGCAGCUACUGGAUCUGUCGCAUAAUCGACUGGAUCGCAUAGGCGAGCGCACAUUCGAGGGUCUGGUGCGCUUGGAGCAGCUUAAUCUGGAAGGCAAUCAGCUGUCAGAGCUGUCUGAUGGCGUCUUUGAGAGCAACAAGCUGCACAUGCUAGAGAAUGUUAAUCUGGCGCACAAUCGCUUCGAGUUUGCGCCACUCAAAGCUCUGCAGCUGCGUCAAUAUUUUGUCUCCUGCGUGGAUCUGAGCUACAAUCGCAUACGAGAGCUGCCACGCGAUGACAGCAUUAUGGUCAACAUCAAGAGCAUAGAUCUGUCCUUCAAUCCGCUCUCCGAGCAAGCGGUGCAGCAUGUGCUGAACGAGCCCAAGACGGUGCGGGAGCUCAACCUGGCAGGCACGGGCAUCAAGCAGUUGCAGCUGCUGGAAACUCCCUUUUUGCAGAGCUUGAAUCUGUCGCACAAUAAACUGAGCGAGAUCAAGCCGCAGGUGUUCCAACGCGUCACCUUGCUGGAGUCGCUGGAUCUGUCACACAAUCAGCUGCAGUCCCUGGAUGAACUUUCUCUGGCCUGGCCACAGCUACAGGUGCUGCAAGCGCUGGACGUGUCCAACAAUAGCUUCGGGCUCAUUUCGCAGUCCAACUUCGCGCAGCUGGAAAUGCUGCGCACGCUGCACUUGAAUCACUUGCCGCAGUGCAGUCGCAUUGAGAAGAAUGCCUUCAAGCCUCUGAGCAACUUGGUGGAGCUGCAGGCGUACGAUCUGCCGCUGCUGGGCUACUUGGACUUGGCGGGCAUUAUGGAGCUGUUGCCUGGCUUGGAGUCGAUGGACAUUGAGCUCAAGGAUGCCAGCAUAGGCAGCGAGCAGCUGCAGCCACAAAAGCAUCCGCGUCUCAACUCCAUUGGCAUACGCGGCGAGCGCCUAAAGUCCAUUUCGUCAGGCACUCUCGCCGGUCUCAAGAGUCAUCAAUUGCUUAUCCAACUGCAGAACACGUCGUUAAACGUGCUGCCGCCAGCGCUGCUGUUCCCAGUGCCACGCUCCUCGCAGCUUACGCUAAAUGUAGCAGGCAACAAGCUGAGCUCACUGGCGCCGCAAUUUCUGAAUGCUCUGGAGGAUCGUCGUGCUAGCCUGCAGCUGCAGGGCUUGGCCAGCAAUCCCAUCAACUGCAACUGUGAUGCGCGCGCCUUGCGACGCUGGCUACCCAACUCUGGCAUGCCGGACUUGGUUUGCAAGUCGCCGGACUAUCUCGCUGGACGCAAGCUCAUUGAGGUGGGCGACGAUGAGCUCACCUGCGAUGCCCGCCGCAUGCCCUCGACCACGUUGAGAAGCAGCACCACCCAGCUAAGAUCAUCCAGCCAACUGGUGACGCGCAGCAGCACCACCGAGGAGCCGCUCAUUAUCUGGAGCGUUGAGCCCACGCCGCCGCCAGCCAUCAUGAAAAUCAAAACCAAAGCGCCACUGGUCAAAGCGCAGUCGCCCAUUAUAAGCAACGACGAUACGCUCAUCAUUGGCAUUGUUGGUGGCGUCGUCGCCUUCAUAGCCAUACUCAUCAUAAUCAUUUGCAUUAUACGCCUGCGCAUGAGCAAUGCCGAGUAUCAGCAGAGCGCCGCCAUGAUGGGCAUGCCCUCGGCCAUGCAGCUGGGCGCCCACAAUGCUGCCUACAACUAUAAGAACGGCGCUGGGGCACUCUACGCCGUGCCUCCUUACCAGACCAACUAUGCCACGCUGCCGCACAAGCCCGCCUCCAUACACCAGUCCUCGCAGAAUCUGACGCAGCGCCAACAGCAGCAGCAGCAACACCAUCAGCAGCAACAGGUGGCGCAGCAGGCGGCAGCCGCUCAACAAGCUGCCGCGGUGGCAGCUUACUCCACCAUGUCGCGCAUGUCCUACUUCAGCGGCGCCGGAGCAGGAUCUGUGGGAAUGGAUGGUGCCGAUAGCCUGAACCAACAGCAUCAGCCCUAUAUUAUUUACUCGGACGACAAGGCCUAUAGAUAGACAGAAGUGCAUCUGCAAGAUUUUUCAUCUAGUUUCACAUCUUUGUCUACACCCAUAACUCAGUCAAAGCAAAUCAAUAAAAAUACUUCAACAGGUUCUAUCGUCAGGAGCUUAGUCCAGAGAGACAUUGCGUAAUUGAUAAAACAACAAUUAAUAUCUGAAAGUUAACAUUGAUGAACUAGAGUAAGCCUCUUACAUUUAACUCAAUCGAUUACGCUCUCUGAGCAGACUAACGCUCUUGUCUACAGUCGUAUUGUAUUUUGUAUAUAGACUUAGUACUCUCUAACUGUAUCUUAACAAUAAUUAAGUCGAUAAAUCGCUUAUGCGUAAUA